AAAUAUGAGAAAUAUAAAACAUUAGAAACAUGAACAUCCAUUGUUAAACACCCAAAAAACACAAUCAAAGCCUCAAAAACAGCAAAAAAACGGGGCCUUUAACUUCGGUUAAGUGUACACGGAAUACGAAUAAGACAUUUCUCAAAUAAUAUUUUCAGCGCUGAAACGCUCGAUGCAACUUUGCCUGAAUGAUAUUGAGACCUGUUAAUAACGAGAGAAACAUGAGUGCAUUCACCCCGGAGAUUAUUGAGGAAAACAAUACGAACAGAAGAUGUUUACUGGGGAACUGGGUUGAGGAGAGGGCUACUGCAUUCCUGGAUAGAUCAGGGCCUAAAUCGUGUAUUAAUAAAAAUGGACAUGUGGGAAUCCUCACCGUCGAUGUGACUGCAACAGUGCAGGGUGUUACUACAUUUAAAGAUGCCUUUGGUACGCCUGAGAGCCUUGUGAUACGGCAAAGAGGAAAAAGGACUGAGCUUUUGGAAAAAGACAUUGUCAAAAGAAUAAGUGAACAGAUACAUGCAGAGUUGAACCCAGAACCUCCGGCUCCUGAGUGGAGCUCUGUGAGCAAAUCAGACUACAGGGUGGAGGGCUUCAAAUCUUUCCAAGCGCCACUGACCAAGGAGCAUAAUUACACAACAGACCGGGCCAUCACAUUUUGGAGUGAUAACUAUCAGAAAAUUCAGGGUGUGACAGCAGUGUCAACUGAGGAUAGCCCUUUUAAAAGAAAUGCCACCUUUAGCACACCAAUUAGUGAACAACUGGACUGCCAGGAUGAUACCCAUUUGUAAAAAAUUGGGAAGAGAAUAUUUUAUUAUCCAUUGCAAAAUAUUGGUUCAUAUUGGUCUAUUCAUGAAGUAAUAAAUACUUUUUUCCUUUA